AGCCUUGCUGCUCCGCUGUAAACAAACCUGCGAUGUGGCGCUUUAUUACAAGCGCUCCGGUCCAGCCCCCCCGUUUAGCUGAGCGCACCCGCUGCAGUAGUACACGCUCCCGGCGGCGUUAGGCGUGUUUCGAGGCGUGUUCCGCGUCCGUGUGGCUGGUGUAUGGGGCGCUACCCGUCGUGCGAGAUGACCACAGCGGUUGUCAGGUGAAAGUCAGCGGGAGAGAUUCGCUUUUCCUUUCCGCCAUGGCCACACCUGCGCCGGAGCCGGAGAUCAGCCUGGGCGAGGCGGAGAGCGGAAAGGAGAAGCCGCAUGUGUUCGGGAUCCUGCGGCUGCAGGAGGAGAAGGGCGGCGGGGAGAAGGCCGGGGUGAAGCCGCCGGGGGACGGGAGGUGGCAGGCGCCCAUAUUCGCUCUGGCUCGGAAGGCGUCGGAGACUAUCUCUGGAGGCAUCCAUGGUCUCCCAAAGGCCGCCGAGCAGAAAUCAGCCGCGUUUCCACACGAGUGGAGCGGUACGGCCUUCCGUGACCCUAUGGCAAUGGAAAGAGCCAACUUGCUCAACAUGGCCAAGCUUAGCAUUAAAGGCCUGAUAGAGUCAGCGCUUAGCUUCGGACGGACCCUGGACUCUGACUACCCCCCUCUGCAGCAGUUCUUUGUUGUCAUGGAGCACUGUCUAAAGCACGGCCUCAAAGUGAAGAAGACGUUUCUUGGAUACAACAAGUCGCUGUGGGGGCCUCUGGAGAUGGUGGAGAAGCUGUGCCCGGAGGCGGGGGAGAUCGCAGCCAGCGUUCGAGACUUACCUGGCCUUAAAACUCCACUGGGCAGAGCUCGGGCAUGGCUGAGGCUGGCACUGAUGCAGAAGAGAUUAGCAGACUACCUACGGGUUCUCAUCACCCGGAAAGACAUACUGAGUGAUUUUUAUGAAAGCUCUGCAGUAAUGCUGGAAGAGGAGGGGGCUGUCAUUGUGGGUCUCCUGGUGGGACUCAACGUCAUUGAUGCCAAUCUGUGUGUGAAGGGCGAGGACCUGGACACACAGGUUGGGGUGAUCGACUUCUCCAUGUACUUGAAAAAUGAUAUUGACGACUACAGAAGUGAAGAAAGAAAUGGACAGAUUGCAGCAAUACUGGAUCAGAAGAACUAUGUUGAAGAGCUAAACAGACAGCUCAAUUCCACUGUACAGGGUCUGCAGGGACGUGUUGACUCGUUAGAGAAAUCCAAUUCUAAACUCAUUGAGGAGUUGGCAAUAGCAAAAAACAACAUCAUCAAGCUACAGGAAGAAAAUCACCAGCUGCGUACAGAGAACUCAGUAAUUCUCAUGAAGGCUCAGCAGCGCCUUGAGGUUGCAAAAGGGGAUGCGAGCUGUGAGCUGGACACGUAUAAACAGUCCAGGCAGGGCCUGGAUGAAAUGUACAAUGAGGCACGGCGGCAGCUGCGGGAAGAAUGUCAGCUCCGGCAGGAUGUGGAGAACGAGUUAGUGGUACAGGUCAGCAUGAAGCAGGAGAUGGAACUGGCCAUGAAGCUGUUGGAGAAAGACAUCCAUGAAAAGCAGGACACUUUGAUUGGAUUACGGAAUCAGCUAGAUGAAGUAAAGGCCAUUAAUGUGGAGAUGUACCAGAAAAUGCAGACCUCUGAUGAUGGCAUGAAACACAAAAAUGAUAUGAUCGCACGACUGGAGGAGAAGACCAAUCAGAUAACAGCUACUAUGAGGCAGCUAGAGCAAAGAUUGCAGGACGCUGAGAGGGACCGCCUGAGUGCCGAGGACGGAAUGCGUCGAUUCAAGCAUGACUUCGCCAACAAAGCAGACAGCCUCCAAAAGCAGAUAGCCCAGAGAGAGAAGCAGAUGUUGCAGCUGGAAACGGACUUGAAAAUCGAGAGAGAGUGGAGGCAGACCUUACAGAGCGACCUGGAGAGAGAACGAGAGACCGUCGCCCAGCUGAGCGCUGAGGCUCAGCAAAUCAAUGCACUCAAAAAAGAGUUCCACAGACUGCAGGAUGAAAACACACAGCUGAAGGGGAUUUGUGAAGAACAGGAGCAGGCACUAGAGGAACUGGGCUGCAAGCUCAGCGAGUCAAAACUGAAAAUUGAAGACAUUAAAGAGGCCAAUAAAGCACUUCAGGGUGGACAGGUGUGGCUCAAGGACAAAGAUGCCACACACUGCAAGCUAUGUGAAAAGGAGUUCUCCAUCUCCAGGAGAAAGCAUCACUGCAGGAACUGUGGGGAGAUCUUCUGUAACGCCUGCUCGGAUAACGAGUUACCUCUCCCAGCUUCUCCCAAACCUGUUCGAGUGUGUGAUACAUGCCACGCCCUGCUCCUUCAGCGCUGCUCCUCCAACACCACAUAAAAUACACACCUGCGCACACACACUCAAAACUACGUGCUGCCAAAGUGGCCAGUGUUGGCUUUAACUCUGACUACCAUGUUUUCCUGCAUCAUGUCAAGCUAAGUGAAGGAGACCAAACGGCUGCGCCUGUUCCUCUCAGUGUUCGAAGUUUACAUUUCUGACGGGAGUUCUGCCGAGCUGCCCCAGAACAGCACACCAUUACAGGAGCUGUUCGGAAUAAUGUGAAGUGCCCAAAGAAGGACGUAUGGUGGACAUACUGGAUCUGUGUCCUUUUUAUAAAGCCUCAGAAUUGAUCAGUUUGCCAAUAAAUGUGUAGAGCACUACAAGUAGCGAGCAGCACUAAAGCGUACUAAUAUUACACAUAGGUUAGCUACUUAUACAGGACAACAUUCCAGGCCCUACUGUAAGAACACUUAAAAAAUGUACGUUCCUUUUACCAUCGAGCAGUGUACCACGAGAAAGUGUUGUCGAAACAUUUUUUUUAUUUUUUUUUUUUUUUAUUCAAAUGAAUGUGUGCUGGACCUUUUUCACAAAAUGACAAUUAAGCACUAAAGCUUUCAAUGCCCCUUAAUCGUGAUUAAGGUGGAGCUAGCACAGUCACAGUGUCCUGUACAUGAUCACACAGAAGUAUUUUCAUUCUGUAAUUAAUGAAAAAGUUGUAUUUCCACACUAUAGAACUGGUUAUAGUUCAGUGCUUUUUCUUUUCUUUCUUUCUUUCUUUUGCAGAACUGGAACACUACCCACUGUAAAUGCUGCAUUUAUGGUCAUCUUUGUACGGAUGGGUUCUGGUUAAAACUGUUAUGAAAACAGUUAACUAUUUGACAUUAGGUUUCAAAUGUGAAACACUAUUUCAACUGUACACAUGUCUUUACUAAAGCUGAGAAUUCUUCCA